AGUCCUAACCAGGUGCGGACUGACAACUCAUGGGGCCACCGGACAAUAAGGGAUCAUGGGGCACCUAUGUCCUUGGCCAAACUCAAAAAAGCCUAUGAAAAAGGUACCAGGGGCAUCUCAUGGUGCCCCCUACUGACCCUGGGCACUCGGGCAGUGCCCGAGUUUUCAAAUGAUCAGUCCGCCCCUGAUCCUAACAUAGAUGAUAACCCCAAAUAUAAUUAAUCAUAUAAAUACACAUACACUGUGGAUUUACUGUUACUUCAAUUUGCUGCCCUUUAUUGUGAUACAGUAGCUCAGUUUCUUUUAUUUUAUCUUAUAUGCAAA